AUGGAAGCGCCAACCGCUGCUGACUUAGUCCGACAUUUUCGGGUGGAUAAACUUCUCAACCAAGAUCAAGGUGGCCGUCGCGUGAAUCUACUUGGUACGAUCAAUGGCUCCCCUGCGUUGCUCACUGCGGAAAGGGCAGCGUUUCCCAGCAAUAUCGAUACGCUCGAAGCAUUCCACGCUGCCAUUACGAGUAUUGACAACUUGGGCGAGAAUGAUAUCUACCGAUGGUAUCUUGCAUCUUCUGGUGUGACGAAAGAGGCUCCUGCCGAUCUAAAGAUCAAUCUCAUCUAUCCAUGUACAGACAAGCACAUAAAGAAGUACUCCCCACAGACCGUCCGCAUGGUCACUGAGACGCCGACGAUCUACCAGCAGCAUGUGCGACCAUACAUGCAGCGAAUGAGGGACGAAGGACGCUUGAAUUGGGUCUUCAAUAUCAUCGAAGGGAGGAAAGAGCAAGAAGAUAUUUUGCUCCGAGACCCAGGGCAAGGCUCCUCUCGAGAGGAAGCUUUUCUUCUGACCCCGGAUCUGAACUGGGACAAGAAAACUCUCGCGAGCCUGCAUCUACUCGUCUUGGUGGAGAGACGAGAUUUCUGGAGCUUGCGAGAUCUCAAAAAGAGCCAUGUGGAUUGGAUAAAGCACAUGAGAGAGAAGAUCCUGGACGCUACAAUCGAGCUGUACCCAGAGCUGGAGAAGGAUAUGCUGAAGCUUUAUAUCCACUAUCAGCCCACCUACUACCAUUUCCACAUUCACGUUGUUCACGUUAUGUGCGAAGCCACAAGCACACAAGCAGUCGGCAAAGCUUUCGGCCUCGAAAAUAUCAUCUCGCAAUUAGAGGCCAUGGCUGGUGGUCCAGAAGCCAGCAUGGCAGACGUCAGUCUCACCUAUUACCUUGGUGAUGCGAGCGAUCUUUGGAGAAAUAUCUUCCUUCCUCUGAAAGAGGGCAGGAAGGGCUGA